AUGGCAAUAACCUCAAAUCCUCUUGUCGGUCCCUCGUUUCUGCGCGAUAUCGUUCUCCCCCAGUUCCACCAAAACAACUUUGCCGCAGAAACAAUUGUCAAGAACGAGCUCAAUGUCAAGCUCGACAAAGACGACCAAAUAUGUAGACUAGCUCUGACACCGGCCGGUUGUCCCCUUGGUCCCCUUCACUGUCCUUUGCGGCAUACGGCCCCGUCUGGACAGAACUUCCAACCGCCUAAACUACCACCAACUCAUCCUCGCGAAAGAGAACGUUUGUCGACUGUCUGCAAACAUUGGCUCAGGGGGCUCUGCAAAAAGGGCGAUGCUUGCGAGUUCUUACAUGAAUACAACCUCCGACGGAUGCCAGAAUGUUGGUGGUUUGCGAAACAUGGGUAUUGUUCCGCUGGUGACGAGUGCUUAUACGCCCAUCCCAAAGAGAGGAAAGUCGAGUGCCCUGAUUACAAACGAGGGUUUUGCAAGCUAGGUCCUAAUUGCCCCCGGAAACAUGUUCGACGCGUGGCUUGCCAGUUAUAUCUGACGGGAUUGUGCCCCCUUGGUCCUGAAUGUCCUCGCGGCCACCCGAAACCCGAUCUGCCGCUACCGAAAGCGUAUGAACCGCCAGAACCAUCUUCAACUCGCGAACUCGGGCCACCACCGCCGGGCUAUGGCAGAUACACCGAAUAUGGAGGCUUCGGAGGUUCGACGUCAAACCAAGGCAAUGUCUCUGGCUUCCAGGGACCUCCUCGAAGGAAUAUGGAUGAAGUAAUGUGCUUUAAGUGCGGAGAGAAAGGCCACUAUGCCAACCACUGUCGCAAUCGCAACGUUCCAGGCAACAGAGGGGGUACGGAACGCAUCAGACGCUUUGGAGAGGAAUGA